CGUACAUCUGAGGCGUUAUCGGGAGGCGGAGGGUGCGUAAAACCGGUCUCUCCAUCAGGAAACCCUCUCACAGAAUUCGGAUAAACUUAUCCGGGAACGACCUGAGUGAUUUAUCAUCAUACAUUCGGAUCUCACUUCACAAUGUCUGACUCUGGUGGAUGCUACGAGGAGUGUAGGAACAUAGCCGAUUGGCUGCUGAACCGCACACAAGUGCGACCGACCGUGGGAAUCGUGUGCGGAUCCGGCCUGGGGGGGCUGGCUGACAUGCUCAAGGACCCACAGGUCUUCAAAUACAGCGACAUUCCCAACUUCCCACGCAGCACAGUGCACGGCCACGCGGGUCAGCUGGUGUUUGGAACACUAAAAGGAAAGCAGUGUGUUUGCAUGCAGGGACGGUUCCACCUGUAUGAAGGUUACCCCAUCCAGAAGACCACGUUGCCCAUGCGCGUCUUCAAACUGAUGGGCGUUGAGACGAUGAUCCUGACCAACGCAGCAGGAGGCCUGAACCAGGACUUCAAAGUGGGCGACUUCAUGGUCAUCAAGGACCACAUCAACAUCCCCGGGUUCGCUGGAAACAACCCGCUGGCUGGACCCAACGACGACAGGUUUGGUGUCCGUUUCCCCUGCAUGUCGGACGCCUACGACCGUGACCUGCGGCAGAUGGCGCACGACGUGGCAGCAGAGCUGGGCUACAGCGACUUCCUCCAAGAGGGGGUGUACUGCGUCCUCGGAGGUCCCUCCUUUGAAACCAUCGCUGAGUGUCGCAUGCUGCACCGCUUAGGCGGCGAUGCUGUUGGGAUGAGUACAGUGCACGAGGUGAUCGUCGCCCGCCACGCCGGGAUGCGUUGCUUUGCUCUGUCUCUGAUCACCAACCGAGCUGUGAUGGACUACGACAGCCAGGAGAAAGCCAACCACGAAGAAGUUCUGGAGACUGGCAAGCAGCGGGCCAAGCAGAUGGAGAAGCUGGUCACCACCAUGGUGGCUCGGCUGGACAACGACAAGAACAACUCCUUCUGAUGGCUGCUGUACCUGAUCCCAGGUCAGCUGCUCAUCCCUGCAUCCCAGCAGGAAGCUUUUGAAGUUAGAGUCUUACAGCGGUAAAUUAAGUUGUAGAGUUUUGCAUCAGCAGAUCAGAUAAGACGGUUUUUGCUGCCUGUUACUAAUAUUUAUAGCUGGUCUGCAUUUUUAAACACUCCUGUUUUUAACUUAUUUAGACAUUUUAGCAGAUUCCUGAUCGGCUACUCUGCUCUGUUCUUGGUUUUAGUAAAAAUCUUCCAGACUUGUUUUUUUAACUUGAAUAUUUAUUGUUUAGUUCUUCCACAUUCCCUAAAUAUCUGUAUGAAACGAUCUUUUUGUACUUUUUUUUUUAGUGGACCAACUCACUGCACUUGUCUUCAUAAGAUGAUGACGAAUGUAAAAAUGUGGUGUAAAAUAUUCUAAAUAUUUAUGUGAAAUGUAUUUAAGAGGUGUUGGAAAAUAAUUUGAUUUAUUUGUUGUAAAAGGGAAGUUUUUCUGCACAAGAGUCACUAAAAUAAUGGCUAGCUGACAUGGAGGUUGUUGCUGUACUGAACGCUAUAAACAGGAAUGCAGUGUUACAACAAAUGACUGGGAAUUAAAAUGUUUGCCUUUGUUACAUGUGAAACUAACACAGACCUGAGAUUCUGUUUAACACCCUCCUUUGGUUGUUUCAAUAUUGCUCAGGCCCCACAGUAAAGACGAGUUUCCUGCUGUUAAAUUAAACCCAUUCAGGUAAAAAUGGAUAUAAAGAAAAAGGUGCAUCCAGAACCCUAAAGAACAAAUGUGUUUUGUUUGGAUUUAAAAUGUAUUUUUGUUUUUAACUUUUAUUUUCUCAAAGAUACUGAAAAAUACAGAAUUAGAGCUGCACAUAGAACGUUCACCUAGAUGAUAAAAUGUGUAAAGCUGAUUAAAGCUUCCUUGUGACUACGGUG